AUGGGCUCCAAAUUCUGGCCAAGAUCUGGUUCGCCAGGGAUUCUGCACCAUUUCACCGAGACUCUGGUCGCCUUUGAGUUCACCACAGGCACUCGUCGUCAGCCACACAGCAUCCUCUUCUUGGGCGGUCUCGGCGACGGCCUCGCCACGACGUCGUAUGUGGCUGACGUCGUAGCCGGGCUUCAGUCAACCGAAUGGUCUCUCUUCUCGCCGACGCUCACCUCCUCAUACCAGUCAUGGGGAUUCGGCCACCUCGACAGGGACACGGAUGAGAUUGCCCAGUGCAUACGGCACAUCCAAGAGUACAAAAAGGCCAAGUACGGCACCGCCGGUAAGGUGGUCCUCUUCGGCCACUCCACCGGCAGCCAGUGCGUGCUGCACUACCUGUCCCGUCCCAACCCGCAUACAACCACGCCUCCGUUUGACCGAGGCCUUGAACACGCCAAGCGCCCGGCCAUCGACGGAGGCAUCAUGCAGGCGCCCGUGUCGGAUCGCGAAGCCAUCAAGUGGGUCAUGGAGUCCGGGUUCCUGGGCAGGACGCCGAGCGAGCUUCGCGAGACGUACGACAAGCUGGUGGCCAUGGCGCGGGAGGCGGUGGCCAAGGAUCACUCCACAGACAGCAUGCUGCCCGUCUCGCUGACUUGUCAGUUCGGAUACCCGCGCAACACGCCCGUCAGCUGCCGGCGGUUCCUGAGCCUCGUCAGCCCAGACAGUCCGCAGGCGCCCUCCGAGGACGACCUGUUCAGCUCCGAUAUCGGCGACGAGCAGCUGGCCAAAACGUUUGGCAUGGUCAGCCAGCGGGGGUUACUUAGAUACAAGCUGAUGGUGUUGAUGUCGGGCAAGGACCAGGCUGUGCCAGACUGGGUGAACAAGGAGGAGUUGCUGGCGAGGUGGAGGCGUGCUACCGACCAUGACGGCGCACAUGGGAUAUGGGAUGAGCGCAGCGGAUUGAUACCGAACGCCUCCCAUGCGUUGAGCAAUGAUGACCAGGCAGAACCACGGAGGUUUCUUGUCAGAAAGGUGCUGGCGUAUUUGGCGGACAUCGGGACGAGGGAAUAG